GAUCAUCUUGUGUCACUGUUAGGACACUGACUCAUAAAUUUAACGAAACGUAUCUGAUUCUAGAUGUAUCUGCCGAAAGUUUAUGUACAAAUUGACAUGCUGGGCCCCCCACUUCCUCCUUCCCAUUUAAACUCUCCCAACAAAACUACAGUUGACUCACUUUCCAUUUUCCCAGCAGUCCUAAAUCAAGAAACACGUUUUCAUUGUUUCUCAACUGGGCUUCUCAUUUUUAUUUUUUUUUUAGCUAAAUUGCUUCUGACUUUCGUUUAUAAACCUUAAAUCUUGCUUGCCCAGAUCAAAAUCUUGGCAGAAAAAGAAAAAACAAUAUGUAUCCAAAGGUGAAGGUGAGAGAUGAAGCACAAGAUGUUGAUGAAGAUGAUUAUGCUACAAGAUUCUGUAAGGCUUUGGAUGCUCUGUCCUUGCAUAAUUUUCCAUCUCCCCCAGUAAAGGAACUUGAAGACAAUUCUCUGCCGUCAGUAGUAAAAAUUCCCAAGUCAUAUGUCUCAAAGCCAGUCAUGCCAAUGGCUCCUGUAUCCAGAGGAUCAGCAAAGAGCAUCAAAAUAAAAGUUGUGGAGGAAGAAAAACAAAAUAUUAGAGCUAGUUCAGUCCCCCGACCACGUGCUGUCUUAUCUAGUCCUGAUAAUGAUGGUUUACUUAAAAGUAAGCAGAAAUCAAGACCAGAAAGAUCUUCAGGUUUGAGAAAUCACAAUCAAUGUCAAAACCGACACGUCCAGUGCAAGGUUGUCCCAAAAUCCAUUGAUGCUGAAGGUCGUCCUAUUAACAAAACAAGAGAAACCAAUGAAGCUGUUCACAGUAGAAUCAAUCCCAAAGUUAUAAGGGUGUCACCCUUAGCCGAGCCAAAUAAAAGAGCUUACCUGAGAAAGGGUUAGUGAUUUCUGCUUAAAGUUGAAGAAAGUUACCUCGACAAAGUAACUAAAUUUUUGUCUUAAUUCAUGUUUGUGUAAUAUAUACAGUGUGUAACAGAUAAGCUUCCACUUAAAAAGAAGUAAAAGCACGACUUUAUUACGUUUUGCUUUCUCUGCAUAUAGCAUUUCUUUUCAUUUCAUAAUCUGCUGGCCUUGAAUGUGGACAUCAGUAAGAGAAUUAGAUUAGGAUAAUGAAUCUGCAGCAGAAUUUGGAGCCUGCUGUAGUUUUUCGUUGAGGAAACUUUGUAUAGUGCUAAGUGCUGUACUGCUGCUGUGUUAUGAAAAAACAUGUUUAUUGAUA